CACUAAACUAACCAUUACUUUUAAAUAAUAAUAACAAGAAAUGACCCCCGUAAAAUGAGUGAAAUUUUCAUUCGGACGUGAGUUUUCGUCAGAGUCGCUUCGUGUCAUCUUGAAUAUUUAACUUAUUGUUUAAAUCUCUCACCUGUUAACAUUCAAUUUUAUGAGUGUUAUUAUUUAUAAUUAUUUAAAGUCAGUGAUGAACAAAUUUAACAGAUUAAAAAAAAAAAACGUCUACAUGUAUUACAUAUUCAUACAUUUAGAGGAAUUUAAUAUUUUUUAAUCACUAACGUGCGCUUCUUUAAAUUUGUGCGCGUAAAUAAAUAAAAUUUAAAUUUUAGUGGUCGGUGAAAAAAAGUUUUUUUUAAAAUUGUAAUUAAAAAAAAAGUGCAUCAAAAAUUAGCGACUGCUGCCAUCUUCUGGUCUACUAAAAAUUACCAUUAUUUUUGUUUGCUACAAUGAGUGCCAGUUAUGAUUGUGUGUCGUUGGAGAUAUAUGUGGACACACGUGUUUUGGUUAAAAUCACAAAAAUGACUGGAACAUGUAGACUUUGUUUGAAAGAAUCAUCAAAAUUGUCACCGAUUUUUUGUAAUAAACAAGGGAGAGAACAUUUUUUUGAUCUUUAUCGAAAAAUUUUCAUAUGCUGCGGGAUUGAAAUAAAUGAAUAUGAUGAAUUAUCGUCGUUUAUAUGCAACGACUGUGUCACCAAACUCAAUGCCGCGUAUGAUUUUCGCUUAGUAUGCCAGCGUUCCAAUUCAUCAUAUUGUCAACUGGAAAAACAUACAGACCCAUGCGAUUGUUUGAACUCAAAUGCCGAAGUUGAUAGUUCGAAAGUCAAAACAAUAAGAAAAAUCUGCGAGUCAACUAAAAUUGAUCAAUAUCUAAAAGUAGCUGCUAAAUCAAAUGCAGAUACUAAAGAUUCCAAUAAAAAUACCGCGACAAUUAAUAAUAAUGUUGAGGCUGUUCAAGUUAAUGGGGUAUCAAAAAAAAUUGCUGAUGAUAAUCAGGUUAAUGGGUUAUCAGUUAAAAAUGCUGAUGGUAAAAAGGAUGAUACUGAUGUAAGCAAGACUGGUAGUUCUAACUUGAAUAAAAAUGCUGGUGACAAAGCAUCUAGAGUUAGUAUUAGUGAUGAAUCAAGUGGAACUGAUGACGGAACUGAAGAGUUGUCUUACGAACAACGUAUAGAGAUGGCUAGAAUUAAGUACAAAGAUAUUUUAGUUCUUAAUAGACUCAAUAUACCUCCAAAAACGACUGCUAGUUUUAUGAACCCGACUGAUGCACAAAUAAGCAAAACUACUAAUGAUAAAAAUAAUUUAGAAAAAGAUGCAGAUGGCGGAGACAAAAGUUAUUUUAUUGAUGGUAAUGUUAAGGGUGCUCAAGUAGAUGAUAAUUUAAAUAAUAAUGAUAAUCUUAACGUCAAUGAAAAUGCCAAUGUUCCAAGUAAAGAUAAACUUGGAGAAGCUAUCAAAGAACAAAUUAAAUUAUCGGCUGAACAAAAUUUUUUAGUAAAUAAUGAUAAAGAUAAAAUUGUCGAUGCACAAGUUAAAGAAGUAGAUCAUUCUUUUGAUGUACAAGAAGAAAUAGUCGUUGCGUUUGAUGACACUAUUCAAGUUCGUGAAGAAAUAGCCAUUGAAGUAAAUGACCCCUGCAACAUACAAAUUGUUAUUCCAAAGAGAUCUCUUGAUAAAAUUGUUGAAGAAGAAGAAGAAGACGACGAAGAAGAAGAAAGACUUGCUGCGGACAAUUUAACUGAUAGAGGACAAAACAGGGUUGAAGAAAUAGUUGAAAAUGUUGUUGAGGAAGAAGAAGUUAAUGAAGAUCAAGCUGCAGACAAUGAGAAAACUGCUGAAGAAGUUGCCACUGAUGACCAAGAUUCCAGUACUGACGACCUCGACAGCAGUGUAGCUAAAGAUAUUGAUACCAGUAUUGAUAAACCAAAUAAGUAUUAUAAGAAUAAUCCUCAAGUGCCAAAUAAUGAUAAUGUUAAAAUAAGUAGUAAAGACAAAAAAUCAACUUCACGUAAAAGAACAAGAUCUAACCAGCCUUGCACUGUCAGUGAUAAAUUUAAUGAUAGUGAUGAUGAUACACCUCUUGCUGAUAAAUUAAAUGAAUCAAAACGCCGUAGGUCAGCUGAGGCUAAAAAAUCUAGUCUUGUUUUACGUGAAGAUGAUCAUUGUUAUGUUAACCAAGAAGAUAAGUCAGCUAAAUCAUCAAGUAACAGCAUCGAAGUUGAAGUUGAAGUUCACUGUACCAGAGAUCUUACUCCUGAUUAUCCAGUGGUAUCUUCAAAGGUAAAUGGGCAUGUUAAAGUCCAGAAAGAUGUUCCGAAGGAAGCAGUAAAUAAAAGUAAAUCUCAAAAUUUUACUAAAAUAAUUAGUGGACUUGAUAAAAUUUCUAUUGAUUAUGAUCAGAUAUUAGACGUGCAAGAUGAUAUAGCCAUUGAAGUUGCUCAUAAUAUUGAAAUAUUACCUGAAAAUGCUCAGAGUAUUGACUACAGCGUUGGAAUACCAGACGAUGAUCUCCAAGACUCAAGUGAUGACACCCAAGUGCCUAAAAAUAAUUUAGAAGUAGCGAGCAGUGAUUCUGAUGAUGAAGUAAAUCAGGAUAAAAAAUUACAGAGUGUCAAGGGAAAAAAAAUCACCAAAUCAAUGACUAAUCGUGGGGAUGAUGGUGAAGAAAAUUUUUGUGAUGGACAACUGCCUAAAGAUAAUGUUAAAAAAAGUAAGAAGAAAGAUUUGAAUAAAAAUAAAAAAACGUCUACAAAUUUUUUAGUUAUUAAGAAAAAUGUUAAGAGUAGUACUAAAGUGCCUAAAAAUAAGUUUAAGAAAAAAAAAGAUACAACAAAGAUUUCAAAUUUAAAGAAAUCUAAAUCAAAACCCAAAACCGUCCGUCAAGAGUUUGAUGAAGAUUCUGAAAGUAAAAAAAAGAACAAAUCAUCAAAAAAUAAAAAGAAAUUAAAGAAAAAACCUCCAAGCAGCGAUGACUCUUAUCAAGACUUGGACAGUGAAGCUGAUAGUUCACCGGAAGCUAAGACCACAACCAACCUCGACAGUGAUGACGAUUCAUCAGAUUUUAUUGGUUUCAAAAGAUCUAGACCGCUGCGAUUUUCCAGUUUCAUGCCGGAGAGCUCAAUUAAUGAGAGCGUAAGAAAUUUAAACGAUUCGAAGAGAAGAAAAUCGACUCCAAGACGUAAAUCAACUACGGGUAGAAUGGACCAAAAACAAGUUUGUAAAUAUUGUGGUACGAGUUAUCUAUACCGUAAACCAUUAUUCAAACAUAUGAAGCAGCGACAUGGUAUCGACAGUGAGGAUUUGAUUGAAAAUAAAAAUGUUAUUGUUUGCCAGAAAUUUACGCCCCCAAGUCAAAUUCCUCUUACUAAUUGUUUUGUGAUGUUAAAUCGUAUAUAAUAAUUAUUGAUUAUAUAUUUAAAAUUUAUAAACUGUUUAUUACAUUAUAUUUAAUAUUUUUUUAUAAUGCAAUAACUAUUUCAAGUGUUAUUAGUAAUAUAUGCUCAAUAUUUAAACACUAAUGUAAUUUUUAUACCUUUUUCACUAUUAAAAAAAAAAAGAAAAAAAAAAUAAGUAAUUUAAAAUUUGUGUUUUUUUAUUUUAAAU